AUGGCAGAUUGUACUCGAUAUGUUUCCACAGUUGGCUCUCCCUUUAUGAGCGACAUGGACGAAAUAUCUUUUUGGAUAAACACCAAGAGAGCCCCGUGCCUCUUCUAUAUAGACAGUACCAGCUCAAAGCCUGAAAGUAUUCACAGUGUUCCUGAUAACAUACCCUCACCUAAGAAGAAGAAACGUAAAUUGUCUAUCUUAGAUGAUGACUCUGCACUUUCUGAGAAACAACAAAAUUUGUAUUUUGAUGCUUCUCAAAUAAAAAACCAGCGCACAAAUGGGUGUGAGUCCAGUAGUCAUGGCUCAGAUAUAGAUUUCAAUAUAAAGAAGUCCUCUGUUCAGGAUAAGAGAAAAAAGAUCAAAUUGCAAAGAUCUGCUCGUACUACAUUGCACAAAAAGAAUAAAUUGGUAACAUCUACACCCAAGCCUCAGGUUCUCAGGAGAAGUACUAGGAAAGUAAACAACAGUCUGAACAAUAACAGCCACUUAAACACAUCUUUUGAAGUAUACCAUAGCCACAAUUACUCUAAUAGAACACAGGGAGAAAAAACACCAGAGGCUAACGGUAGAAAGAAUGCUGAUAGAACCAGUGCUGGGGACCAAACUGUGCCUAGGAAACCCAGUCAAGAAAUAGCACAACCUAUUGUGGCAAAUGAUAAAUAUGAAGAUCUCAGUGAUGUCUCGGGAUUUACAGCAAAUUAUAUCCGCUCAACAAAACUGCAUUCCAAAAAUCCACGGAAGAUUAAAGCGAAAACCAGCAGGAAUUUGAUGAAGGAAUCCCAUCAGAGUCCAAAAGAAGACUCCAGAAUGGUCAUUUGUGUCAACAAGUCUGUGAAUACCGGUAUACCGCAAGGUCCUGGGCACAACUGUAGCACGGACUCAUCUCAAAAUGUUAUCAAUUUGGUCACAGUGAAAAAUAAUAGUAAAUCUGAGAAGGCUGACAAAAGCACUUCCUUGUUGAAAUUCGUUGAUACCAAAAAUGAUGAUGACACACUUGACUGCACGAAGGAGACUCUAGAUUCAUCAUUUUCAAAGACAUCAAGGUAUCCUAAACGGAACAAGAACAUUGUAAAUCUGGUGACGAUAAACGAGAGACCUAACAUGGAUAGAAGGAAAAAGGCAAAUAAUAUAUACAAUUCUGAGAGGAAAGAAAAUCCAGACAAUGUCUCUAGAACACGAAGCGGACGUAAUUUAGGACUGUCUUUAAGGCAGAAGGACAAUUCCGUGUUAGUUGUGAACAACUUGACUGAUCAAUUGAGUUCUUCACCUAGUGUCAACGUCGCUAGCCCUGCAAAUGUUCAGUCUAAAAAGAAACGGAUCCAAAGGAAGACUCAAGUGCGGAAUUCGGACAACUACCGUUCUCGAAGAGAGUCUAGGGACAAGAGUGGGUUCGCACAGUGCUUUUCAGACAGUGAUGAUGGUGAAAGAAAGCAAAAGAAGUACUUUUGUUAGUUACUCAGUGACAUAAUGAGGACAUUUCUAUUUCUGAUAUGUUCACUGAUGCAGCUGUGACUUUGAGAUUGUUAAAAUUAACAUGGUAUACUAUGUAAUGAUACAUUUAUGUAAAUAUGAAUUUUUUGACAUACAGUCAAAGUUGCAUGUUUCUAUAGAGGGAAACAGCUUUAGUAUUGUAAUAGUUUUAUUAUACCUCGGGCUCUGAGGCUAAGAUGUGAGAGCUUUAACCUGAAACAAUUGUCGAUUCCUAUAGGAAUUUUGGGAAAUUCUUAGUGAUUAUCCAGCUGUUAUGACUCGAUACUGGGGUGUACAUAGAAUCACCUGGCCAUCUUAAAUCAAAACUCAUACUCUUGGAUUAAAGUCAUCAUUGUGGUGACUCUGGGCUCCUCUGGGAACCCAAUUUAGACAUGCCAAAAUUAUAGUUCUUAGAAGUCAGAUAGACAGGUCAAUGUUAUAGGAUGGAUGAAACUUUACUCCAUAUUAAUACGAGAAUCACGUCUUUAUUACCUACGAGGAAGACAAAGCCAACAGUCUUGACAAGAUUGAAAAGUUAGGUUUGACUUAAUAGUGGGAUAAAAUUAUACUAAUUAGAAUAUGUAAAAUUAUGGAUCUUCAUAGAACUAUAUACAUAAAUUCACACCUUUAUCUAUAAUAGAAUAGACAAGGCCUUCCUACAUACAGGCUAUAUUUAAAAUCUAUAGUAAAAUAAUUACUCAAUACAAUAGGAUUGACACAAAAAAAAUAUCUGUGAAUUAUUAACAUAUAUUUUUUUUAUCAAAGCUCAAAGAUGUACCUAUCUUUCAACAUGACUAGCGCGAUUUUUUAAAUAAUAAUUUUACUACAUUGUAAAUAAUAACCGUUGUAAAACCAUAGAUAAAUGAAAUUGUCCAUAUCUAACAAUAUAGCAGAACAAAAAUUUCAAUACAAAAAAAAAUCACGAAAUAUUUACUAUUAUGUACAUAAUACGACAGAUAUUCUAAAUAUAGUGACGUAAACUUAAUUGCUAUGUAAUGUACUAUAAAAUUGCUUAUUACAGUAUCAUACUUGAUGUGGACCCCAUAUUAGUAUCAACACUCAUGACUAAUUAGAAUUUGACUGUAGAAUGUGUAGCGGAACAUUCACUUUAAUCCAUGGAUGUUAGUCUAAACUUUAAACACAAACCCACACACAAUAAAGUACAUGAAUGAUCAACUAAUGCCCAGUUUCUGAGAGACUUUUAACGGCGGUUUAACUAAUCACUAGCGCUAUUGGUUCGAUAACUGUCAAAUUCUGAACACGGGUCCAUCAAUUAAACUCCGUUUAAACUAAGGUUAAAUUGACUGACUAUUUGUUGUCGUUAAUCGAUUCCAUAACUUUAUUUAACGUUUGGAUAGUGAUAAAGUGAUAACUAGUUUUAAAUUGCUUGUUUUUCGCAAGUCCAACGGGAACGGGAACUAUAGAUUUAACCAGGAUGACAGAUACGUGGUAUGACCUUCUCCAGACUCUUAAUACAUGCGAAAUUUAAGAUUUUUGUAUUAUUGGUUAAGAUAACGUAUGAAAUGGUUACAAUACAAAUAAACAAACUUAUGCUAUUUGCUGGUGGAAUUUAAAAUAGCACAAAAUAAAUACGAGUAGUUUUUGGAGUCUGAUAUAGGAAUAAUUGAGCAUAUGAGUACUAUAUGUGUGCAUACAAAAUUUUAUACAAAGUUUAAAAUUUAAUAGACUUGCUACAAAUUGAACAUUAUCAAGACCAAAAUUAAUACAGUAAAAUUCCAGAUCGUAUCCUUAAAAUUCUGAAAAGAGCCAUCUAGCGGCAUAUUAGGAACUACUUAAUACCACUUAUCAGUUAUAUAGUUAUUGAACGGAUCGUUACGUACUUAGAAACCUUAUUGAACCGACUACUAUUGAGCGCUUAACUGACGUCUUCAGAAACCGGGCAUAAAAACUUAAAAACUGUAUGAAAAAGAUUUUUCAAGAUCUUAUUGAGUCUUAGUCAGUAACUUUUUUAUCAGUAAACCUUAUGUCUUGCCAACUCUUAUUGUAUUAAUAUAAUUAACUAUCUUCAGUAACAAAAUACAUGUCUGUUUAUUAUUUAUAAGUAACUUUUGUAAAAACAGAAUAUCCUCCUUUUUUGUAGUCGGUAAAAUUUCUAAAACCUUCUAAGUGUAAUCAACACUUUCCUGAAAACCGCAUUAAAAUCGGUUCAGUGAAACGUGACAUAAUCGCGGACAAACAUUCAUAAAAUCGUACAUACAGGUCGAAUUGAGAACCGCCUUUUUUGUAGGCGGUUCUCAUUAUCUGACCUACUUAAGGGUAGAGGUCACAGGGAGGGCACAACUAGUUGUGCAUAUGAGUUGGUCCACGAGGAAAACGUGCACCUCAAAGGAGGAUGAUAAUAACUGUAAACGUUUAGAAAAUAUCACUUUACAUACAACGAAAUUCUCUCUCAAUGCACCCCUACACCAGAUAAUCAGAAUCUACAUGCUGUGCAUUGUCUGACUGUCAGACACACAGUUUUAUAUGUAUACACAUAGUGAUGCGCCGUUCCCAGAAAUAUUGGAAACUUUACGUAUUGUCAUGUAAGUUCGCGGCAACAUUGGGAAAUUGGAAAUAUUAGGGAAAUUCGCUGUAACAGAGUUUAGUUCUUUGUUUUAUUUUUUUAAAUAACAUAAUAAGGUUAUUGAGUUAUAUCAUAUAAAUGAAUACGUAAAUAAUAAUUUACACAUAUGUGUUAUAAAUUUCCAAUAUUUUUGGGAAUAUUCCCUGUAAAUUUACAAACUUUUCUGAAUUUUUUUUCCAAUAUUAAUGCACGCUAUCAACAUAAGAAUUUAUGUUUUAUUGAAAUAUUAUGAAUUGCAAUGGUCACAGUAUGACAAUUUUACAGUCAAAUAUUUCAGUCAGAAAUUUUCCGUUUGGUUCUUUCCACUUUAGAAUAGGACCAAAUCCAUAUUUUUAUAGACGACUAUAUGAUGUAUGCAUGUAUCAGCAAUUCGAACCCUGAAAGUUCAACGAAGCCAGCCCUUUCACUCUUUUUUUUCAAUCAAUUCUCGCUUACACCUUCCGUCAACUUAUUCUCUCGACAUGUCUAAACUAUCUCGGCGUACCACAUUUCAAUUAUGGCCACUUAGUUAUCUUCACUCCACAUAGUACUUUGUACAGAUCCGCUCCCAAUAAACAGUUUUACCAUAUACAAUUAUAAAAAAAGUAUUUAUUUAUUUAAACUUCAUUGCACAAAAUACAAAUUUAUAGCACAAUUGGCGUAUGUAAUGCUAGAAGCAUUAUCUACCAGUCAACCAUUGGGUCUGACAGAGAACUUUAUGCGGGGUCUUCUACAUACAUACAUACCAUCACGCCUGUUUCCCAUUGGGGUAGGCAGAGACUAUGGAAUUCCACUUCUUUUUCAUUAGAAAAAGAAGUGGAAGUUUCCAAUGUAUUUAAUAGUAUUUUUAGUUUGGAAAAGUUUGGGAAACUUUGGGAAAGUUAAGAAAAUUUCCAAUAUUCCUUAAGGCACAUGGCACAUCACUAUAUACAUAUAGAAUACCACUUACAACACACACACAAUCUUGAAUGUUUGGAAAAUAAUAAAUUCUUUUCGUAUUGUGAAUAAGCGCCUAGAGACUUAAUCAACACCAAUAUUACAUAUACUAGAUAUGUUCGUGUAAUAAAAUAUAAUGUUAAUGAGCAUUUCUUAAAUGUAAUGUCUGACAAACUUUAGAAUGAACGUAGAUACGAAUUAACAUUAUUUAAUCUUUAUUUAUGGUGUGGCAGGAUAACUACGCAGUAAUAGAGGUGAAUGAACAAGUGUCUUAAUUCCUGUAUUAAUUUUUCAAGCAUGUUAUAUAUUCAUAGAUUUGCAGCGUACAUAUUUGUGACUUCAGAGUGCUCAUAAAUUUGAUUGUUUGGAUAAGGAUCUGUCGAUAUUUUCAAUAAGCUUCGGCUAUUUCGCUUCUUAUUUGUUGGGAAUGCUGAUUAGUUUCAGACAAAAAAAUCCCGCCACAGCCGGAGGGAUAGGCAAACACUUUUUUCCUUCAAAAUAUGGAUACUGUUUAAAAAUAAAAUAUGGAUAGAUUUCUUUAUGGCUGCAUUUAAAGUAUGGAUUAGAUAUUUUUCUGUAUGUGCGUUCAUUAAGAGGUUUGUCAGUUUGUAUGUAAUCAUUAUUGUGAUCCUAAUGUUAACACAUGCAUAUAACUUCAUCGUGCCAUGUUUUAAAACAUUAAUUUAUUUUUGCCCGACCGCGGCGUAGCCUAAAGGAAGGGUUAUGUUUUACUCUAUGCUCCAUGACUAUGACAUAAUAUUACGUGUUAGAUAUGUUUUAUUUUUAAUUAAGUUACUCUUUUAGUCCGUUCAGAGUUUUUGUAUUUUUAACCGUGAAGUUGACUUUUUUUUAUUUUUUUUUAUUUUGAACAAUCGAAUAUAAAUCGGUUUCAUCUAGCUUCUCUAUAGAAUUAAUUUAUAUAUCUAUAUAUAAUAAAAAAAAUAUAAUCUCUUAAAUAUUUUAACCGAUUAUGUCGAGACUUUUCACUGAACUAUGAAAUUUAAAACGUAUUAUUGUUGAAAGAAAGCGAAUUUGAAACGCGUUAUCGAUUUUUGUCAACUUUACGGCUAGAAGUGGAAUUAAACUGAACGAAUGCGUGUUAAUCUUACAAUUUGUUGUGUAAUAUUUACUUGUAAUAUACAUGCUUGUAUUUGGAUGUACGGAAGUAAAAUCUAA